AUGUCAGGCAAGCCCGCGAGUGUGGGCGCGUCGCGAGCGGGCGUGCCGGGCACUCCGCGCGUGGUGGUGUACGUGGCGGACCCGCGCCAGCUAGAGCCAGGCGCCGCGGGCUCCGACCCGCCGCCUUCAUCCGCCCCUGUUGCGCCCUCGGCGCCUGUCGGGGCUGCACCAUCGUUGGAUACCAUCUACAUCUCUGAAAAUAUUCCACACCAAGUGAAUUUGCCUAGAAACCCAGUUUAUAGAACACAAUUUGACAGAAAUGAUCCAAGAAACUUGCCUGCCAAUAUUUUCUACAAACAGAUAAAUGAAAAUGAUAGUAAAGUUAAUGUUUAUGGUAUUCCUGACAAUGUUUCUCAAAGAACAGAAUUCUACCCAAUGUCACAACAAUAUAUCAAAGACACAUGUUUAAAGAAUGAAGAUGGUAGGAGUGACCGAUCAAGUAAUUCAAGUGUAAAACGAGACUGUUCUGAGCAAGUGGGUACAGAAUUUAGUAGUGUUGAAAGUUUUCAUGCAAGAGUACCUGUAGAGACUGUGGAUUUGGCAGCAUAUCAAGCAAGAUGUUCUGGCCCUAUAGGAUCAGAUAAUUCUAUGAAUACUAUGCAUCCAGCUACAGUACGCCAUGGUCAGAAUCAGUACAGUGAGAAUGUAACAGUUCAGAGUGGUGGUGAGGGAUCAAAUUGUAGUGAAAGAGAGUUAUCUGUGUGCAAAAGUUUUGUGAACUAUCAAUUCUUAGAACAGAGUGUAUCUCAUCAAUCUAUAGUGAAUCAAAGUAUAAGUAUACUAAAUCAACAAGUAGGAGUGAGUAGAGGAAUAGUAAGUGAAGGUGAUAGUGGUAGUGCACCCCAGCUGGUGAGAACUGCAGAUGGUGUGGUUCUGGCCGUGCUGCCAGCACCUGUGCUAUCCCACCCAACAGACAAUCCAGAGCUAAGCUCGAGAACAGUGGUACAGAGUGAUUCUCAACAAACUGUCACAGUGCCACUUGGUUGGAAGAGAAUUGUUAGUGGAACUUCUGUACUCUAUGUUAGUCCAAGCGGCACGGCAUUGAGUACUCUACCUCAGUUACGGGAUUAUCUUCAGACGGCCGGGACUUGUAAGUGUGGACUUCCAUGUCCAUUGAGGCCCGAGACCGCCUUCAGUUUUGACCCAAAGGUGGCAAGCAAACCGUACCAAGCGGCUUCAGGUGCGGAAUUGACGAAGCUUUGCAACCAUAAACGGAAACUACUGUCGACGCUACAAGUGCAGACGCAGUCUCCAGCUACGCCACCACCACAAACCAUGGAGCAGAAAAAAGUCCCCGGCCCAGAAGCGCCCACGUUGAAGAAGAAGACGAAGAAACAACGGGCUGGCUUCCCUGCAAACGUUAGCGUGUCACAACUGAUGGUGCAGAGAGAACGACCACUCAAUGAGUUCAAGGGUCAAGAAACAGAAACCAGUCGUGAAAAUUCAAUGGCGAUGGGAACACAAAGAACAAAUUCUCACAUUGCAUGCCUUCUUACCAACAAGUCCCACAGAACGUACCAAAUACUCCUCAAGAUAAUGAAGUCAAACCGGAGACGCACGUACAAAAGAGUUCUCACUAUCUCACUGUUAACAGUGGAUGGAUAUCACAACAUUCACAACAAAUAGAAGACUUCGAGGCUCAAAUUGCACAGAGACACAACAUUAACUCGCCUAUAAACUCCCCUCUACCGGGAUUGCCAGUGAGAGGAGCUAACGGGCAAAUCAUUGGCGUCAACACCGGCCAUAAACAAUCAAUGCAUUUAAAAAAUAAUCCGAGUGCUACUCAAAAUGUGCCUGAACCAGAAGCGAAAGAAGAAAAGAAAGAGAACGUGUCUGCCGUACAACAAAAUAUUCAAGGGAAGUUUGCAUAUAAAGAGGAAGAAUCGCAAGUAUUCUGUGGUCUAAACCAAGCUCUAACACCUGAAGUCAUGCAGAAAAUUAAUGAACAACAACAAAUAUUCAUACAGCAAAAUCAAAAACAAAUUGAAAUGGCUAUGAAGGGCUACAGGACUCAAUUAGCAGAAAACAUAAACCAAAAUAAGUCUCAAAAUCAGUAUGUACCUCAGGGGCAGCUAGUUAUUCAAAAUGGUACCGUGAUGAAAACGAAUCCUGCUAAAACACCUCCUUGGCAAGUCAAGCGUAAUGAAUCUAGCGCAUCGAGUUGUAUGACUAGUCCUAGCCCGAAACUUUCUAAAUCUGAGAAUGAUUAUGAAGAAUCUAAUACUAGCAUAUCGGAAGACUCCUCCUCUUCGUCUUAUAGUUCUUUUUCGAGUAAUGAACAAAUUAACCAAGGCAUGUGCUCUCGCGUGCCGCCUCUACCGCAACACUACAAUAUGAUGGGUCAGCAGUGGCCUGUCGCGGAGAGUAAUAAAAAGAAGGCUAAGGGCAAUAGCAAUAAGAGCAGUAAAAAGAAAAGUAACCCCGAGAACAAAGUUCUAACAUAUGGAAGUAAUGGGAUGAGAAUGGUUCAAGACUCGAAAGGGAUGAAUGAUGAAAUGCAAAUGAAUAGUGUUCCAUCGUUCAUGGAUGAUCCCAGCGGGUAUCUGGCACAACAAACUGUUUUGUUAAACAACACGAUAUCUAAACAAGUAGGAAUAAAUUCUUCCUAUGAAAGCCACCAAUACGAAAGUGCCAAUGCCACAAAUUGCUGUGUCGCACAAAAUCAAAUGGACAAAAUGAACAACAUGUCAAAACUCGGCGAAAACUCGUGCACAUACAGAAAUAAUGUGCCAAACCCAUCACAUUCGCCUACUACCACACCCGACAGUAGCGUUCUAUCUGAAAAGUCUGUGGACAAUAUGUCUCAAUGUUGUAAAGGCUGCAAUGUAUCAAUGAAAAACAAUAGUCCAGAUUUUUCUGAUAAUCAGAUGCGCCUAAAAUACAUGAAACAUCAAAUGUAUAAAAUGGAGUUGGAAGCUAAUCCUUCGACAUCUAGUCCGAAACAUUCAUUUGAUGAUAAUCCAGUAACCUCUUCGACGUUUAUUGAAAGGAAUCCAAUGUUGAGUGACAACUGUGGGCCCAUCCAGGCCGCCACAGUGAGCACGAGCAACGUGUCGCUGACGGAGACCCUGCAGCCGCCCGAGCCGUCGCCCACGCUGUCCAGUAGCUCGCGGAGCACCGACACUCCGCACAGCAAUGGGAGCAAUGGCUCGCAAAUGCAAUCUAAUUGUAUAUACCCGAUACCUAGUCCAGCAUAUUCCAACUCUGGUUCUUGUAGAGAUAAUUUAAGUAAUCCUUCAACUCCAGGGAGUAAUCCAGUAUACCCAUAUAAUUCACCCGGACCUCCUAACAGCAAUACUCAGUCUAUGACUGGCCCUCAAGUAAUGCAUUUCAUAUCAAAUCAUAAUGUCAAUAAAAAUCUCAUGGAAGUUGAUAACAUAUCAAUGGUUGGUGUAAAACCUGGUUUGAAACCAACUCAAGAAUUGUUUAGACUGGAACCAAGAAGAAGGAUAGAGAACACGAUGCCUGGAUAUUGUCCACCACCUCACCUGGGCGGCGGGCCCGCUCACACCUUAAUACAAGCUUGUUACGUUCAGACUUUUGUGACAACUAUGGCGAGUGGAUUUUCCGUUACGCGGGACACCGUCACCUCGGUUUUGGCCGGAAAAGCUAACACUGCUACCACGUCUAUAAAUGCGUCUCAAGCUAACUUCAUAAGACCACCGCCUCCACCGAGCGUUAAUCUUGCUACUACUUAUGCCAUUCCAAACAAUCAACCAGAUCCAUUUAUUAAUUCCGUUAAUUUACCAACGAGUUAUCCAUUGCAUAUAGCGGGUACCACAGCACAGAACAUGAUCUCUAAAUCACCAUUAGAAAUGGUACAAAAUGUGAUUGGUAGUUUACCUUCAAAACUUGAAACAAGUGGCACCCAUUCAAUGUCUCUCUCGCAAUUGAAUCGCAGAUCAUGCUCAACAACGCCUGGGCAAAUAUUAAUAUCGUCAACUGGCCAGAUAAUGGUGUCCAAUAAUCAAAUGCCACCUCCGCCACCUAAAACUUCAACAACAUUGGCAUCAAUACCGGGGACUGUGACCAAUGUGACGACGUCUGUCACACAAGUCGUGCCGGCAGUCGGGGGAAUGCAACCGAUGGUGAAUCAACCAACGGUCGUAGUGAACACGUUGCCGGCGCCAUUUGUCAUCCAGCCGCCCAUGAUGGCUGUGGAUGGACAAGUGAUGCAACAGAAUAAUGUGCUACCGCAAAUUGUUACAGGAGGUAUUGUAUCUGGUCAGUCACCAAAUGACAAUUCACGGCAAAUUGAUAUGAAGAGUCAACACAGCUUCGUCCAGGGUGUGGCAAUGUUAUCCCCAGAGAGCUUAAAAAAGCGGAGCAAGAAGAAGAAAAACCAAGCAAAUAUUACUAAUGUUUUACAAAUAACUGCCCCUCAACCAAAUCCCAGCAAUAUAAUGGUUCAUCAUACUUCACCACAGCAUAAUACUAGUCCUCAAUUCUCGCCACGCGGCUUUCAACUAUCUCCGAACAAUAACAUAUCACCAACACCCAUGCUGCAAGCAUUGACUAUAGUUCCAGGUAAAUCUGGAACACCAGCUCAUAUAGUUAUGAAUGGACAAGGGAACACCAGUAACUUUGGGUCUCAACAAAUAAUUACGAACACUUCUCCCUCGCAACAAAUCAACUUAUUGCAACCAGUCAAUCUUAUAAACAACGCGAGUGGCGUAGUGCCCAAUUUCCCAGCGUUUCAACAGUUCAUUGUACCUAACAUCGGUGGAAUGAUGAUGACAGCAGAUGGCACGGCUAUAAUUCCCGAUAACUCUACGGGAAUGCCAGUGCAAUUGCAAUUACAAACUGUUAACGGUCAGAAUGUUCUCACUCCAGUGCAAAAUCCUGGUGUAUUUGCAGCUAGCACAAACGGGGGCGUUGUAUUAAGAGCUCAGAAUCAACAAGGUAAAAUAAUACAAUCGCAGCAUAGUCCAGGAGCUCAAUUUAUUUCUCCCAAUAGUCAAGUUAUGAUGAACAGUCCAAACUUUAAUGGUCAACUAAGUCCUCUGCUUGCUAAUUUGAGUCCGACCAAUGUAGCGUUUAAUAAUCCGCAAGUUCGAUCCAGUAAUAUGCAGACGCAAGAAUACAUACAGACUAAUCAAAUGGGACAAGCUUUAAUGGUCCAUUGUCCCCGAAGCAAGUAUCGCUGUCGUCUGCGACAACUAACCGAGGAAAUUCAACUUUCGUCCAUCAAAACACAACGAUAGUGCAGCAGCAAACAACCCUAGUGUCGAAUUCGCACAAUACUCAGAUGUCAUCGAUAACCACAAACCUGCAAGGCGGGAAUGCGUCUAGACUGAGUAUAGAUCCGAACAUGUUACUGUCGAACAAACCGAUGGCGAGUCAGAAGGGCCGCGCGCUGGGGUCGUCCCCGGGCGCGGACGAGGCGGGCGCGGAGUACGCGGCGCACGUGCGGCACUCGGUGUCGACGCAGACCUUGCUGGCCCAGCGCGGCAAGUCGCCCAGCGCGCGCCCCGCCGCCUCGCCGCCCGACACCACCACGCACAGUCCUUUGGGAGCCUUGGAGGCAGCCGGCAGCCCCCGGCUGUACGCAGCGCGGUGCCUGUCGACGCAGGCUAACUACGCCGACACUACAACCAAGUCACCCGAACCGGCGGAUGCUAGCUCUUCGGCUAUGGUGCAAUGCGUGUCUAGCAGUGAACAAGAUAUGGCGGAGUCACGAGAGCACACCUGGCCCGUGACACGGAACGACUUCAACUCUGACACAGACACGCAAAGCAUGAUUUCAAACACACCAAUGAUGCGACAGAGUCGUUCGCACAAUCCUGUCGAGUCGACUGACAUGCACUACAAUCAAAGCAUGAAUGCAUCGCUCAUGAACAACCAACAAGUCAUGCCGAUGACUUCCAAUUAUUACGAAAGAACUCAAACGUACAAGAGAAAGAAUGAGUUCGGUGACGCGUCCACGUAUAGGCCGGAAAAGAUCAUGAGGACACCUAAUUAUAACAUGGUACACGGACUACAAAAGGAUACAGACUAUGAGUCUAUGGGUAUGAGUUCUCCAGAUAAAACACAGCCAAGACAUUUUCCACUUACUGGCACGAGCUCAGAUUCGUCUUCUCUGCCCAAAGUAUAUGAUAGACAUAAUAUGGGUUCUGGCGAUGAUGGCAGCCGGGCCGACGAGGGGACGGCGCGCGCGCGCUCGUUCGCGGUCGGGGACGUGGUCUGGGGCCCCGCGCGCGGCCAGCUGUGGCCCGGCAAGCUGCGCGCGCGCCUGCCGGCCGGCCGCUGGGCCGUGCGCUGGUUCGGCGCCGGCGGCACCGCCGCGCUGCGCCCCGAGCGCCUGCUGUCGCUGUCGGAGGGCCUGGACCGCCACCACGCCGCGCGCACCAACCUCAGGAAGAGUAGAAAACUGAACACCUUACUCGAGAACGCAAUUCAGGAAGCCAUGGCGGAGCUCGACAAAAAAAGCGAGAGCUCGGGUGAACGGGACGACGGCACCGAGCCGAGCGCUGACUCCGAGGAAGUGACGGACACGCCGCGUCGCAAGAAGCCGGAUCGAGCCAAGCGAGACAAGAAUCACAAGAAGCACCCGGCCAAGCUAGCGCCCAGCCCCGGCACUGCGGGCGACGGCGCGGGCGCCAGACUGCGCAGCUCACGAUGA